AUGGCGCCGUUCGAAGCCUUAUAUGGUAGGAGGUGUCGUUCUCCUAUUGGGUGGCUUGUUGAUUUUAAGGUUCUACCUUGGGGUACAGAUUUGCUGAGGGAGGCUUUGGAUAAGGCGAAGCUUAUUCAGGAAAAGCUUCUAGUAGCUCAGAGUAGACAAAAGAUAUAUGCGGACCUGAAGGUUCGAGAUUCAGAGUUUAUGGAGGGUGAGCGGGUUCUUCUAAAGAUUUCAGCCAUGAAGGGUGUUAUGCGAUUUAGGAAGAGGGGAAAGUUGAGCUCGAGGUUUAUUGGUCCAUUCGAGAUUAUCCGUCAUGUUGGUGUUGUUGAUUAUGAUUUAGCCUUGCCACCAGGCCUGUCAGGUGAUCAUCCGGUAUUCUACGUUUCAAUGCUGAAGAGGUACCAUUCAGAUGGGUCUUAUAUCAUUUGUUGGGAUUCUAUUUUGCUUGAUGAAAAUCUAUUUUAUGGGGAGGAGCCUAUAGCAAUUUUGGAUAGGCAGGUGAGAAAGUUAAGUUCUAAGGAGAUAGCUUCUAUUAAAGUACAAUGGAAGCACUGUCCUGUUGAGGAGGCCACAUGGGAGACCGAAUUCGAUAUGCAUUCUGGAUAUCCUUAG